CCAACACCAACACCACCAACCACUAAGAAUAAUAUGACACCCAUCCACAAUCUAGAGGAUUUGACCUAUUCUCACCCGGACACAGCGGACUACACCCUAGAUGACAUCCCCACUCUCUGCCCCCUGGACAAUGGACAACUCCACGAUGCCCCAAUCUACGGGCUAGGAACCUUGGAGCAACUCCCAUUAGAACUCCUCCAAAUAAUCCUCGUCCAACUUGAAAUCAAAGCCCUCACCGAUUUUCGCCGUGUCAAUCGCCAAGCCAGACAAAUCGUCAACUCAGUCCCCCAAUACAACCAGAUCGUUCAACACGCACCUAUAUCCAUCCGCGCCAUCCUCAGCAUCGAAACAGGAGACUGGAUAACAUGCCAGCAUCUCCACGAAACCCUCCUUACCGACACAUGCGAAAAAUGCGGCAGCUUCGGCGGUUACCUAUACCUAAUCACCUGCCGUCGCGUAUGCUUCCUCUGCCUAAGCACGAGAACUACCUAUCGUCCCCUUUUGAAAGUCACUGCGGCACGAGAAUUCGGUCUCCGGAGGGAAGACUUCGCCAAUCUGCCUCAAAUGAGAUGUCUUCCGGGGGUGUACUCUCCAGUUAAAUCUACUUAUCGGAGACGGUUCACAUAUGUCGACCAUGAUGCUGCACGACAAGCGGGGAUCAAGCUACAUGGAUCAGUUGGAAGUUGA